AUGGGUGUAGAAGAGAUGGUUGCAAUAUUUCUUCACAUUUUGGCACAUGAUGUGAAGAAUAGGAUAAUUAAAAGACAAUUCAUGAGGUCCGGUGAAACAGUUAGCAGGCAGUUCACCAAUGUGCUGUUGGCUGUCGUACGCUGUCAUACAGUUUUACUGAAACGACCUGAACCAGUCCCUCAGAACUCAACUGAUGAAAAGUGGAAGUGGUUCAAGAAUUGUUUGGGAGCUCUGGAUGGGACACACAUCAAAGUUAAUCCUUUGAUUGUUGAUAAGGCGAGAUACCUCACUCGGAAGGGAGACAUAGCAACCAAUGUGCUAGGGGUUUGUUCACAAGAUGCUCAGUUUAUUUAUGUUUUGCCUGAAUGGGAAGGAUUAGCUGUAGAUUCGAGGGUCCUAAGAGAUGCCAUAUCUCGUAGUAAUGGUUUAAGGGUUCCAAAAGGUUUCCUGACACCUUAUAGGGGCCAAAGAUAUCAUCUUAGUGAGUGGAGACACGGGGCACAACCAACAACAGCACAGGAAUUUUUUAACAUGAAACAUUCUUCUGCAAGGAAUGUCAUAGAACGUUGUUUUGGGUUGUUGAAGGGGCGUUGGGCGAUUGUUAGGUCGAAGUCAUUCUAUCCGGUUAAAACACAAAUCAGGAUUAAAACUGCAUGUUGCUUGCUACAUAAUCAUAUCAGAAGAGAGAUGGCCUUUGACCCAUUAGAGGAGCGUGAAGUGGAUGGUCUACCGGUUCAAGACGAGAUUGCAGCAAAUGAUAUGAUCACUCACGUGGAGUCAUCCAAUGCAUGGUCACAAUUUAGGGACGAUAUGGCCCAACAGAUGUUUAACAACUGGAGGAGACGUGUUUGA